ACACACACACACCUGGUGCUUCCUUAUGGGAUGGAACAGGAACAGGAGUUUGGAAUUGGGUUGUGGUUCCAAACACUUACCAUAUGCACAGCAGAAGCGUUCUUCCUCUUAGGGAGAUGGAGAAGACGAGCCCUUGACUUUUCUCCCUAAGAAACUUCUGGACACAGUUGGGCAAGACUUGGAGGCGGUUGUGUGGAGACCAGUAGCAAAUAAAACAAUAUUACGCAGAUACGGUUCAAGAAAACGUUCUUUGUAAUGCAUCUGCUAAUUUGAAUGUGCUUUACAUACAGCCAGAGCUAAAUGCAACCCACAGUGUAGGAAAAAUGUUAAAGUGGCCUACAUGAAAUAGCCACUAAUGUAAAGGCAGGAAUGCCAGGUACUCAACAAUUGAUACAGCAAUAGAUGGCUUUAACCACCACUGUUGUUUUUUUCAGAGGCAGAGUAUACUCUGUAUACUCAGGCAGAGUGUACUCUGUAUACUCUGUAGGCCUACUGUAUGCGUUGGCAAGGGUGAGAAUCUGGAGAAAUACCAAUUGUCUAACUAUUGAUAAUAAUAGAUAUCAUGCCAGAUGCUUCUACAAAGUGCUCAAGGUUUUUGGAAUAAGAAAAUUACUUUAAAAGAAAUAAUGAAACAAACGUUGUGAAUAAUAAUAAUAAUAAUAAUAAUAAUAAUAAUAAUAAUAAUAAUAAUUAUUAUUAUUAUAAUUAUAAUAAUAACUCAACAUCGUGGACACUAGAGCAUUAUGCAUACUUAACUAAACACAAGUAGGCCGACUGUAUUAAACUGCAGGAUUAAAUGUUCCCCGUGCGUGUCAGUGACUCGCUAAAUAGGCUGCAUUGCAAAAAGAUCUAAUCUAGAACUAUAUCAGUGAAUCUAGGAGUAUUAUGUAUCUAUCUAUGUAUUAGAAGGCCUAUCUUAUCCAGUCUCAUUGAUAGCGUGUCAAGAAUAUGCUUGUCGCAAAAUCCAACCCCAUUGCAUAGGGUAUAGACUACUCGGGUAUGUAGGACAGGAAAGUGUAGGACAGGAUGGGUUGUGUUUUACGCACUCCAAAAACGCUCUAUUUGAAGAGAAAUACACUUGCUGAGAACAAUUUAUAACCUAUUAUGCGGGUAGGCGACAUUGUGAAUUUCAUCAUUUGGAACUUGAAGUGAACGUUUGACAAAUCUAAAACCCAUAAAAUUACAAGUUUUCAGGAGAAUACGCACACAUGUCGCCAGAAGUCUCUCUGUACCAACCAGAAUGUCGAUUAAUUUGUACGCCACAAAACGUUGUAAAGACAGUUUGUUCGUAUUACUCUGGAAGGUACAGUGUUUAUUUCAACAAGGGAAUAGUUCUAGUAUGUAUCCCCCCUUCCAUUCAGUCAUAUUUGAACAUAUUUCGAAUGCGGAAAACACAAACGCGCACGACCUAGACAAGCGAGGCGAAUACCCUGGCUGGUUGACUCCCUGCGGCUCUCAUGUUGCAUUUAAGUACUGCCCACUCAUUCUUCCAAUCACUCACUUGUUGAGAACUCAUAGAAAGACGGACAAUGGCAGAUGAAGCAGCUCCCGCAGCCGCCCCGGCAAAAGCAACGAAGGCACCCAAGAAGAAGGCACCCAGGCCCAAGAAGACUGGUCCAAGUGUCGGCGAGCUGGUUGUGAAAGCAAUCUCUGCUUCCAAGGAGAGGAAGGGAGUGUCCCUAGCCGCUCUGAAGAAGGCGCUCGCAGCUGGUGGAUACGAUGUAGAGAAGAACAAGGCUCGCGUGAAGGUGGCAGUGAAAUCACUGGUCGCCAAAGGCACACUUGUCCAGACCAAAGGAGUCGGUGCGUCCGGAUCUUUCAAGUUAGCCAAGAAGGCGGCAGAGCCCAAGAAAAAGCCCGCUAAGAAACCAGCGGCUAAAAAGCCAGCUGCCAAGAAGCCCGCCGCAGCAAAGAAGCCCAAGAAGGCAGCAGCCAAAAAGCCCGCCGCCGCCAAGAAGUCCCCGAAGAAGGCAAAGAAGCCCGCAGCUGCCAAAAAGGCAGCAAAGAGCCCUAAGAAGGCAAAGAAGCCCGCGGCUCCCAAGAAGGCAGCAAAGAGCCCGAAGAAGGCUAAGGCAACCAAGCCCAAGGCAGCUAAACCUAAAGCCGCCAAGCCCAAGAAGGCAGCCCCCAAGAAGAAGUAAAUCUAUCUUUUAAUCCCUGCGUUACAAACAAAAGGUUCUUUUAAGAGCCACCCAAUUUCCCUAUUAAUUGCACAUGUUCCAAUGAAAAGGUCUUAAAUGUCUCUGAGGUUGGCAUGAAUGGCGUGGUCUGUCACCAAGCAUGAUUUGCACCUUUUCCCAGAAGUCAUUCAGUGUUAACAAAAUCACAACCUCCACUCACCUUCAGAUUCUAAACAACCAUGGUUGAGGCUUUCUACCCAGCCAAAUGCACGGUUGCACUCUGUACAAACACAAUUUGUUUAGCUAUUCUGUAUUUUUGUACAGAACUUAAAAGGCGCGCAAUGGACGAUGGACUGUUAGUGCGCCUGGGCACAAGUUGCAAUACACAACAAAGCGCGGAGUGGGCUAUAUUAAACGCCGUCUUACUAUAUAGUUUGCAAAAUAGAAAAUGUGAUUGUGGGGAGAACAGAGCGCCACGGUGUCUGGACUGCAGUUCCCCGUGGGUCGUGUCGUGCGCACAGGCUGCUGUACAAAGGUAACAAUGCUGAGCUCGUGGGAGCUGUCGCAUCCGUCUAUCUGGCUGCAGUGCGCGAGUAAACCACUGAAAUCCUAGAAUUGGUCGGUGUUCUGUCGAGAUAUGGCUGACGACUUCUCUCAUUUAUUUAUUCGACUGAACACAGAAGUAUGGCCAUCUACCAGUUGGGUUGAGCCCGGACAAACUGAAUGUAAUACGACAAUAAAUGCCGCUUGCUCAGACGCAUGACGCAAAUUUUGAUUUGCUGGUUGGAACGCUUUCAAGUAGGAGGGACAAAAAUACAUAUCCACUUCUCGAAGAUGUCAGCAAUGUAAACAAUGAGGUGUAA